AUGUCUGCUUUCCAGAAGCCCGUUGCCGGCGCCAUCACAGGUACGUUGCAGCUGAAGAACUUGGUUUGCGACGGAACAUCCCGUGUGCUGAGACCAAACACAGAUUACGGUUCCACUCGAUCUUUGCAUGAUGCUGCCUCUUACUCGAACUACGGCCAAUCGCCUUAUGUGACGACCGCCAUGGUCCCCUCGCCUAUGGCCGAUCAGGCAAGUCAGAUCUCGGACUGUGUUCCGUAUCUGCCCAACGAGUACGCUAGCUCGUACGAAGAGUCUCAGUCGCCCAUGAUGGGUGCACGCCACCGUCAGCUACCCGAAAUUGUGACAUACAACCCCCAGCGGGGAAGUGAAGGAACUAGGGUGAUGGUCCAGAUCCAGUGCCCCUAUGACCUCCACGCUUCCUCGUACGCAGCUUUGUAUGUGGUUUUUGGCUCCAAGAAGUGUGAAUCGCUUCCGCAUUUCCUUGGAUUCCAGGACUCUGCGUUCCAGUACGGUCUCUCGGCUGACGUGCCUGCAUUCUUGUCUACUGGAUCCCCAUCUUUUGCUGUUCCUCUGUCCGUCUUGAUGGAGACCCAAGAUGACUGUCCCGCCACUUCUCUCCAGGUUGGUGUGUACACUUAUGAGCAAGCUUCCCACCCUUCGCCAUCAGCGGAUUCCCGCAAGCGGAAGUUUUCAUAUUCUGAUGCUCCUGUGGCAUCUGCCAAACGACACAACGGAUCCGUGAUCCCCAAGGUUGAGCACCACGAGGGCUACCACGGCCGCUCUGUGUCAGCGUCCUACUCGCCUUACCUCCAGCCUCUUCCCGCCAUGGUUGGGUUUGUCGCGCCAUAUCACUCUGCAUCCUCUCCCCAGACUGGCUCUGGCCAUUACUCUUCUGUCUCUGCCACCUCUCAGCCCGCUCUCCGUGUCCCUUCCCCUAUCACCCCAGCUUGGAGCCCCUCUUUCGUCUCUGUGAGCAAUGAUGCUCGCAACGGUCUCGCGUUGACACAUGUUCCUCAGCACAAGGGUCCCCCCCAGCGUGGUACUUCAAAUCCCACUUUGAUCCGCACCUCCACCAUGCAAACGCACUCCAUGCCCCACAACCCAGCCUUCAAUCCCUAUGCCAUAUAUCCCACCAAGGCUAUCCUCAAGCUGAACGGUGAUCUCGAUACUAUGACUCAAGGCUGGACAAAGGAGGAACGCGCAUGCCGACGUCGCCUGGUGCAAUUCACCCGCUCUCAAACUGGCAGCACCAUCCAGGGCGAUUUCAAGGCUGUGUCUCCCGAAGAUCGCGCCCCCAACAGUAUCUGCAUCAGCUGCAUUUCAUGGGAGGACAAGAAUGAGUGCUACGUCACCAGUGUCGACACCAUCUAUUUGCUCGAGUCCCUCGUGGCUGUGCGCUUCACUGUUGAAGAGAAGAAUCGAAUUCGUCGCAACUUGGAGGGGUUCCGUCCCCUCACCGUCUCCAAGGCCAAGGUCGAGAGCGAAGACUUCUUCAAGGUUAUCAUGGGCUUCCCUGCUCCCAAGCCCCGCAAUAUCGAGAAGGAUGUCAAGGUGUUCCCUUGGAAGGUCCUGAGCCAGGCACUAAAGAAGAUCAUUGGGAAAUACUCUGCCAGCUAUUCCUCAACGGCAAGUGCCAUCCCUACACCAAUGACCACCACCUAUACCAGCCAUGCCAGCCAUGGCACUGGUUCGGAUUCCGGCACCGAGCCUCACACUGCGAACUCCCCUCAGUCUAUCUCCGACAGUGGUGCUGGCCACAGCUACCAUGGUAUGCCCGUGCAGACCUACUCGCAGGCAGACCACUCCUCCCACCUGUCUUCGGCGCCCAAUAUCCGGUCUAUGAGCGCAGUGUCCCAGCCAUAUACAUCUGCUGGAGCAUACUCGUAUCCAGCCAUGAGCCAUCACAACGGUCUGCCACCCGCGGCUCCGCGAGCAUCUUGGGACAUGCACCCUCUCGGCCCCAACACUCCUCACACCGGUGCACCAGGAAAUGGCGGAUGCUAUACCUACUUGGAUCCCGUGUACUCCGUGCACGACACCGCCCACGGCGGCCACUGA